GCUUGUAGGUUGUUUUGGGAGUGUUGGCUGCACGUGGGGCCACGAGGUAAAUCAGUUGGAGAAGAAAUUCGGGAGAGUCAGCUUGUGUUUAUUAUUUUUUAUUUUAUGACAAUUGCAAAAAGGUGUGACACCAUCCAGUGACGACAUGUCAGCGGCAGGUCAGACGAGUGGGAGCCGGGAUAUACCAGCCGUCAGGCGGGUUGCCGUCCUCGAGGCUGCUCACAUGCCCCAGGAAUACUCCACCACUCCCGGGGGAACCGUGUUCAGCACUACGCCUGGAGGAACUCGAAUCAUCUACGACAGGAAAUUCCUAUUGCAGCGUCGGAACUCUCCUCUGACUCGCACUCCUCCAAAACUUCCUGACAUACCAGGAGUCACCAGCCCACUCAAACAGGAGUCGAACCAGCCGGGAGCGACUGAGAGCAGUGACGCUGAGCAACAUAGCUUGCAUGCUGAGAGUGCAGGAGAUGACGCCCAGUUUGAGAUGGACAUUUGAAGAGGAUUAAAACAAUUCCUUACCAAUGCUUGUUGCUAGUACAGAUGAUUUUUACAUAAGUUGAAUCAAAACCUUAGACCAGGGGUGGGCAUACUACGCGGCUCACCAAGCGUUUGAAUCCGGCCCGCCGGUUGCUUUCUAAGUAUUUCAACUUUUAACAUCCAAACGGGCAACAUAACUUACAAGUCAGAUGUCUUAUUUAGUAAAAAAAAAAAAAAAAAAAAACACAACAAAACUGUAAAAUGAAAUUAUAUAGUUUGAUGUGGCCUGAUGUUUAAAGUGCUCCUGAAAAAACACGCGACAUGCGAACAUACUGAUAGUAUAACACUUUUACAGAUGAAAUUAGGCAAAUAAUUCAAGGAAAAUUAUAAACAUAAAAUAGUGUGUGUGUGUUAAAAUAUGUUCUGCCCCCCCGGACAAUUCUGUUAACUCAAUGCGGCCCAUGAGUCAAAAUGUUUGCCCACCUCUGCCUUAGACUGUAGGCUGUCUAAUCAGGUUUCCUAAAGGGAAAUUAUAUUUUUAUUGAAUGAAUGAAUGAAUGUGCCUCAAUUAUGACCUGCCUUAGAAACUGUGACAUGUUAGAUAAAGAAGCUGUUUAACGUGAUGUAACAGCAUAUACUGUACGAUGAGAAUAUGACGUCAUUGUGUUAAGUGCUGUUAGCGAAUGUUCACUACAUACAAAUUUGAUGUUUUUUUUGCAUGGAUAUCAUAUUUUGUAACUUGCUAACUCGCUCGUGGCAUUGGUUUUAUAUAUUUAUAAUACAAUCUUCAGUAUUCUGAGUGUAAAAUAAACUUCAUCAGUGGAGAUUCAAUCAGUCCCUUUCUUCAGGCUUUCUGAUUGGUCUCCAGCAAUCUGCCGGCCAUUCAGCUUUGACUUUGAAAUAAAUGACUGUAUCUGA